UGCGUCACUAAACCUUGAGAUUGCUAGACGGUUUAAAGCAAUCCUGGCAUAACAAACCGUUUGGUCAACCUUGAAAUCAGGGAUACAACUACGUUCUAAUUUCAGAUGUCGAGUUAUGGACUAAUAGUUGCAUUUGUGAUUUUAACAUUUUUUUACUACUCAACGGUUUUUGUCUGCCAUUCAAAAAAUGUGAAGAAAGCCACUUUAAAGGCUCGAGUUAAAGAAAUGUUUCUCCACGCGUAUAACAGCUACAAGGACAACGCUUUCCCUGCUGAUGAAUUAAUGCCACUUACCUGUAAAGGUCGAUAUCGGUGGACUGGGGUUAACAGAGGUGACAUAGAUGACGCUUUAGGCAAUUUCUCGCUAACAAUGCUUGAUACGCUCGAUAGCCUUUUUUUAAUUGGAGAGCUGGAUGAAUUCGAAGUUGCUGUGAAAGCCGUAGUGAUGACUGUAAGAUUUGAUUCUGAUGUUGAUGUGUCAGUCUUUGAAACGAAUAUUCGUGUUCUCGGUGGUUUAUUGGGAGCUCAUAUCGCCGUUAUGUCAAUCAAACAAAACAAUAGCUCCCGAAUGGAUUGGUAUAAAAAUGAACUUUUACAAAUGGCGGUUGAUAUUGGCGACCGGCUACUACCUGCUUUUGAUACACCAACUGGUAUUCCUUAUCCUAGAAUUAAUCUUCGUUAUGGGUCUUCGGGUUUGAAAAAACAAGAGGAAAAUACUUGUACUGCUUGUGCAGGCACAAUGAUCCUUGAAUUCGCUGCUUUAAGUCGACUGACAGGCAAUCCGAUUUAUGAAGAAAAAGCCGCUAAAGCAAUGGCAUUCUUAUGGAAACAACGUAAUCGUUUCUCAGAUCUUGUUGGUCGUGUAAUCAAUGUACGUAAUGGAAAUUGGAUUCGUCAAGAAUCUGGUGUCGGUGCAGGAAUUGAUUCCUAUUAUGAAUAUUUGUUAAAAGCGUAUAUACUACUCGGUGAACCGGUAUAUUUGCAUCGUUUUCAAACACAUUAUGAAGCGGUCAAUCGAUAUGUUGGUGGCCCACAAUCUGCGGAAUUCCCUUUUCUAUUCUUGGAUGUACAUAUGCAUCGGCCAGCACAACGUGCACGUACAUUUAUGGAUGCAUUAUUAGCUUUUUGGCCUGGUAUUCAAGUUCUUACAGGUGAUGUGAAACGUGCUGUUGCAUUGCAUGAAUUAUUAUAUUUAAUUCAUAAACGUAAUAAACUUUUACCCGAAGCAUUUACACCAGAUUUCAAUGUACACUGGGGUCAACAUUUACUUCGACCGGAAUUAAUUGAAUCCACUUAUUUAUUAUAUCGUGCCACUGAAGAUCCAUAUUAUUUACAAGUUGGUGAACAAAUUGUCAAUGAUUUAGAAAAGUAUACACGUGUACCAUGUGGUUUUGCAGCAAUUAAGGAUGUACGAACUAUGGAACGUGUAGAUCAACUUGAUUCAUUUGUUCUUGCAGAAACAUUUAAAUAUUUAUACUUGUUAUUUGCUGAACCAUCUGAUAUUCCAAUCAAUGUAGAUGAUUAUAUUUUUACUACAGAAGCACAUCUUCUACCAUUGAGUUUAUCUCGUCAACGUGAUUCCAUUAAGAAUAUAUUUCAUAGUACAAUUCAUAAUGUUUCUUUAUUAUUGACAAAUACAUCAUCACAAUAUAUGAAUAGUAGUGCCAAGUCAUUACAACAAUCAACAUCAUCAAUCCCAGAUCAUCAUGGUGAUCGAGAUGUGAAAGUGGAAAGAUUAUUGCAUAAUGCAGCUCAAUGUAUGGCUGUAGGAUAUGAGUAUAGAAAUCGUAUUGAGUGUAUUUUAAAUAAUUCUAUAACACGGCAUAAUACUACUGAUAUUACUACUAAUAACAAUAAUGAUUCUCUUGAUCAUAAUCAUUCAAAUUCAAUAUGUGAUAUAUCAGAAACACCUGGUUUCUUUUAUGGUCAUUAUAUAAAAAGAAAAUUACCGAAAUGUGAUAAUUCUAAUAGAAUUUUAUCAAAAUCUUAUAUAUGGAAUAUUAUUGAUGCUAUACGACAACCAGUACGUCGAAUAGCUGCUAUCAAUCUUGACAAAUCAAUACAUGAUUACACUGACAGUGUUCAUCAUCCACAGCAUAAAUAUUCACCGACACAAUCACCAUUGACAUUGAAAGCAAUUGAUUUUCAACCGGAUAAUACAUUACAUUUAAAUAUAUUAAAAAGUAUGGGCAUAUCAAUGUCAUUUAAUGAAGAUGGUCGAUUAACUUUAACACAUCAUCAGAAUGCUGCUGAUAAUCCGGACUCAGCAACUUCAGGAAUUAUUUUCAUACAGGAAUUGAUCGCUUUAACAAAUCAGAAACAAAGUUUAGUUGAUUUUCCUGUACAAAAUCGUUAUGUUGUUGUAAUCGAUCCACCAAGUUAUGGUUUCAUUAGAUUUUCUGCUUGCCCUGCACAUUUUGGUUUAUUCCCUGGAGAAGAAGAAUUAGUACAACGAAAAAAGCGACAACAACAACAACAACAGCAGAAAGAAGCUGAAAACAAGGAAUCGAAAAAAUCUGAAAGUCAAACAGAUCAUCACCAACACUCAUCAUCAUCAUCUGUGAAUGCAAGUGAACAUCGUUGGAAACCUUUAAUAGGCUCUGUACGUGUUGUUUAUCCGCUGGAUGCAUGUCAACCUAUUAAGGAAAAAGCUUAUGCCUAUCCAUCGGUUGAUCUUCAAUGGAAUCAAGAUCCUACAGAGUCGUUAAAUUCAUCAUUAUUUGAUAAUUCCGAAAUUAUGCGAAAAAGUGAAGGCUCUAUCUCAGGCGCUAUCGGUGUUGUUCGUCGAGGUGGUUGUGUGUUCGUUGAAAAAGCUUAUCAUUUAGCCCAAGCUGGUGCAAUCGGUGUAAUCAUAGUCGAUAAUAAACCGGAUACAUCAAGUGAAUUCAGUCCAUUAUUUGCUAUGUCUGGUGAUAAUGAUGAAUUCAGUGAUAAAAUUCACAUACCAGUUGUUUUAUUAAUGGGUAUGGAACGUGAUAAACUUUUUAAUUUAAUGCGAACACAUUGGAAUCUUACUAAUCAACCUAUGCAUGUUAUGCUAACUAAAGAAUAUGAUGCUGCAGAAUCUUUCAGCUCAGCAUUAUGGUUAAGUAAUAAAGUAAAUCAUCAUCAUAAGCAAAAUUGUAGAAUUAUGACACGCUAAAGUAUAUGUGAAAAGAAGAAUCGAUAGUUGACCAAAAUGAUUGUAAAUUUACUUCAAAUGGAAACAGUACGUUAUUCUUUCAGUUGAUUAACUCGUUACAAUUUGAAAACUAGUUCCAUGCGCUUUCCAGUUUUACACGUGAUCUUGUUCAUUGAUUUUCAUUCAGACUCUACGUUACCUACCACUCGUAUACUAGACUAGCACAUACCUUUUUCUCACAAGACAGCACCAUCACUAUAAUUCACAACUUCAUUCUCCCUUGUAACUGGUCAUGUAAAUAUUCAUAUAGAUUGUUAUAUACCUAUCCCGGUAUAACCUCGGUUACUUAAACCAAUCUCAUUUUAUCACACUUUAUCAAAGAAAAAAAUAUAUCAGGACAGCCUUGUUCUACCACAAUCAGUCUAUGAUAUAAGCAUACAAUAGGAUUUUUGGAAGUUCAUUCAUAAUUUAGGAGGAUUUCAUAUUCAAAAUUAGUUUUUUUCUCUUUUCCUAUACUAUUUUAAGUCAUUUUGUUUUUUUUCACAGGAGAAGAAAUACUCUGAAUCAAAUGAAUUAUCCAAUUUUGAGUUAGUUAGUGAUCUAUACCAACAGUCCAUUUAUUCAAUAAACAAUUUAUCAUGUUUCAUUAAAAUUUCCGACUUAAUUUUGGUUACUAUUUUGUCUGAUCCUAAAAUGAAUUUCAAGCAUUUUUCUACUAGUCAAUUAAAUCAAGAGAAUACAACUACAGUUUUAUGGUUAUUUACAUUUUUCAUGAAUCAUAACGAAUCGUCUAGUUAUUUUAUACCUUCUAAUCAUAGUAAUACAACUAAUAGUACCAGUCAAAUAAUCAAAGGAUCAGUAAAAGAAAUUUCAAUAUGGCGAGAUUUGUUUAUGAUUACAUUAAAACAAAUUGGAAUUAAAAAUGACUGUUAUCAUUUGAUUGUAGCCUAUAUUCAAAUUGCUUUGCAUAAAUUAUCUCCAAUUGAUUCAUUUAAUUAUACUAAUAAAACAGUCAAUGUUUCAUUGGAACAUUUUCAAUUGGUAAAUGAUUGUUUAAUGCAAACAAUUUACCUGUGCAAUACAACAACACAACAGUUUAACUAUAAUAAUAAUAAUAAUAAUGACAAUAAUCAAAUUACAGAAAUUUCAAUCACAUUACAAUUGGGCUUUCAGUUAAUACCAACAACAACAACAGCAGCAACGCAUCACCACUUAUCUUCAGUUGUUUCUCCUAUCACAUUGAACUCUUCUUCUCAUAUUCAUCUAUCUGUUCUCAAUAAAACAGACAAUUCUUUUAAAGAAAAUUCACUUUCAGCCUAUGCUGAUGAAUUGUAAGAUAAUGUCAAUUUUGCUUUCUUUUCUCUUUAUUUUGUAGUUUUACACAUUUUAUUUUUGUGUGCUUUUCAUUCCUGUUUUUGGUCGAUUUUUUUUUAAACCUUUUUUUAAACAAAAUCUGACUACUACAACAACAACUACCACUACUACUGGAUACUGUUACUGAAAAGUGAAAUAAUAUAUUUUUUUUUCUUUCUGCAGAUUAAACUUUUGUGUAUGUAUGUUUAUUCAUUGUGCUGUUACAUGUUUGUACUUGUUUUAAUUUGUCCUUAUUUUUUGAAAAUGAUUGUAAUGUUUAGUUUUUCAAUUUUUAUCAUCAACAAUCUUUUUUUCUUUCUUUCUUCUUCUUCUAUCUUUUUUUUGAUUUUGUCUAUUGUUGUUCAUUUACAUGAAUAAUAAUAAUAACGCUGAUGAUGAUGAUGAUGAUGAUGAUGAAAGUGAGAUAAACAGUACAUUAAAUAAAAUCAAUUAUGUGCAUUGUUUAUUUCAAUUAAAACAUAUUCAUAAUAAUCCGAUUAUUAAUUACUUUUUGAUAACCAAUCAACAAUUUCCGGCAUAAAUUAAUCAAAUAAUGCAGUAAAAUUCCCAUUUAGAAUCAUUUCACUUGUAAAUUAUAUUAUCAAAAAAAAAAAAAACUAUUAAACAAACUGAUUAGCUGAUAUUUAUAGAGAUAAUUUACAACCUUGACUUUUAGCCAAUUAUCAUCAGUGUAAAUAACAGUCUGUGAUUGUGCAUACUAUAAACGAAUACUUUGCAUCAAUCAGAUUAUAAUAAACGAGACACCUUGUUAUAUAUAUCCUACAAACACUAUUACUUUUGCUUACAAUCAUAUCAUGUAAAUAAACUAAUAAAAUUUAUUCUCA